UAUAUAUAUAUAUUCGGUUAUUUAUAUUUUGCUUUUAUAUUAUAUAGUUGCUGUUUGAUCCUUCUCUGAAAAAGAAGAAAAAGAAAAAGAAAGCUGUAAUUUUUGAGGAUGAAAUAGAAAAUGACGAGGAUGCUGAAAAUCAAGCAGAAAAUGGGGAUAAAUCAGCCGAAGCCAAUGAAGAAGAAGUAAAAGCAGAUGAUGAUGAUAUUUCAAUAUUUGCUGACAUGAAGAAAAAGAAAAAGAAAAAGAAGGAAGCAGCUGAUAAAGAAAAGACAGAAGAAGAAGCCGCAGAACCUUCUGAAUUUGGUGAUCUACCACCCAAGAGAAAGAAGAAGAAGAAGACAGAUAUGUUGGAAUUUGAAAAACAAUUAAAGGAAGGUGAUGAAGUCGAAAAUAGACAAGAUGAUGACAUAUUUGUUGGAGAAGGUGAGCAAGAUGUUAAAGAAACAAAAGUUGAAGAAGCCUGGCUUAAUUCAGAUCGAGAUUAUACAUAUCAAGAACUUUUGGGACGAGUCUUUCAAAUUCUUCGGCAAAAUAAUCCCGAGCUUGCUGGUGAAAAGAAAAGAUAUACAAUUGUACCACCCUCAGUUCAUCGCGAAGGAAAUAAAAAGACGAUAUUCGCAAACGUUGCAGAUAUUUGCAAAAGGAUGCACAGACAACCUGAACACGUAAUUCAAUUCUUAUUUACUGAAUUGGGUACAAGUGGUUCAAUCGACGGUUCACAACGUUUGGUCAUCAAAGGUCGUUUUCAGCAAAAACAGAUCGAAAAUGUUUUGCGUCGGUACAUAGUCGAGUACGUUACUUGCAAGACUUGUAAGUCUCCUGAUACAAUUCUUACCAAAGAAAAUCGUAUUUUCUUCCAACAAUGUGAAAGUUGUGGAUCAACAAGAUCAGUUUCUGCGAUUAAAUCAGGUUUCAAAGCACAAACAGAAAAGAGAAGAAGACAAGCUGCUCAAUAACAAAAAAAAAAAAUCAGUCACAAAAAAUUUUAUCUUUCGGAUCGGAAAUGGAUAGAAUAUGUGUGUAUAUAAUUAUCAACAAUAUUUGUUUGGUUAAAAAGUGUACACAAGAAAGGAGGAUUGACUUUGUUGGUUGAAGCCGACGGAUUUCGGGAAAUUAGAAUAAGAAAUUGAAAAAGUAUCAUUUAUAAUAAAAAAAAUUGC